AUGCCGGCCAAGAAGAGAACUGCAAGUGCCAACGCCGCGUCCACCAGUAAGGAUAGCGAUUCCCCAAUGAGUCCAGCCGUCAACGAUCCGGAGUACCAACGGAAAAGACAGAAAAACAAUGAGGCCGUGCAACGCACACGCGAGAAGACAAAGAAAUCCGCCGAGGAGCGGAAGAAGCGCAUAGACGACCUUCGCCGAGAAAACGACACCCUAAAGGUCCAGAUUGAGCAGGGCGAGAAGCACAUAUCCACGCUCCGGGACUUGAUUAUCCAGGGCGAGAAGACCGAGGACGGCCACCGAAUCAUUGAGGAGAUACUCGCCGGACCGGAUCCCGACGACAAUGACUAGUGAGGAGCUGCUUCUGAUCUACUUUAUACUAUUCACCUGUUUUUAAGACGCUUUUCCUGGCGAUUCCAUUAAUAAGUCUACUAACAUGUAUGUUAUAAGCGGAACCCGCGGGGAUUUUGCGAAUAUGUUUAGUUUUAACCCUGACAAAGGGACUAUCCAUAAGUUUAAUAUUACGUUUCUGAUUGCACCAUAACGAUAAAUAAUGUUAAUAAAAAUCUAUGUGGGUCAUCCACUUUAAUGUGAA